AGAGCGUAAGACCGGUAAAGUUGAGCCCAAGAAGAGUCAGACGGUCGAAAAACUGGAUGCCCAAAUUGACAAACUGGCUUCACGUAUCAAAGAAACAAAACUAAUGAUGGUUGAUAAAGAUGAGGGCAAGACGACUGCCCUAGGAACAUCGAAGAUUAACUACAUAGACCCUCGAAUUUCUGCCGCGUGGUGCUUAAAACACAAUGUACCAACGGAGAAGAUUUUCAACAAAAGUUUGCGCGACAAAUUCAAGUGGGCCUUAGAUGUUGUCGAUGCUGAUUGGGUAAGUCUAAUUUGCUCGCAUUUUCUCAUGCCGUGUCCAAGAUUGACGCUCGAUCUCACCUAUUGUACUACUAAUAGGAAUUCUAAGCUUCCAUUCCCGACAGGAUUCGAUAAAAACAAUAUAGAAUUCGGUUUAGGUUUUAACGCUAGCUAUACAAAUUAUUUUGGGGUAAUAAUUGUUAGGAUUUCGGGUUGA